AUGUCAAAAUCAUCUCUUACAAGGUUUUUAUUUAUUUAUUUUUUAGAUCUCCCUGAGCCUCCUCCUGAUUACAACUCAGCAAUUAGUCUGAAUAGCCAUCCUAAAGGCUUCAGCAACAGUACGAGUAGUCUAUCCAGCACAGAAUUAUCAUUCUCUGGUCAGCAAACGCAUUUCUCAACCAGUCUUCCUUCCCAAUCUAGUAACCUGAUCGCCAUGGGAACUGGUUGUAUCUCAAGAUCUGGGCAUCGGGACAUGCUUUCUGGAAGUCGAUUACCAGUAGAUAUUCCAACCCAGACUGUUCCUUCUGGAGCUUUAUCCGAACCAAUAGUAGAUACGGCAGAAAUAAGUCCAGUUGAUAUAAAAGAAGAUGGUAUAUUUUUAUCCAGUCCUUCCAUAUCUGUACCGAUACAAAAUUGUUCUCCCAUCGGCACGGUCCCUGUCCCUACGAGAGAUGUCAUGGUGCCAGUUGCAGAAAAUAUGUCUCAUGUCAAGCUAGUAAUAUCGAAACUAGGCGGUUCUGUCGAUAGAGGCUUCUGCUAUCCUAAGCAGAGUGGCGUGAACAAAUCCCAAGAAAGUCUUAAACCAGUCCCCGUGGCAGUGGAUAAUUCCGGAAAUCGGGAUGUAAAGGGUCGUAUUCUUCAAUCUAAAAGCGGAGCUGGUAAUGUAUUGAGAACCGAAGGAGAGUGUUAUAGUGGAGGUGAUUUUUUACCUUCGAACAACAACAUAGUUGGUGCCUCUAAUCUUGAAGAGGUACUCGAAAUUAAUAAAGCUGAAAUGGCAACGGCCCAUCAAAGUGACAAGGAGGAGAAAUUAGAGUACCCAAUUAUUUCUCGACUCAGUCGUCACUCAGCGAGCCGUAUUCCGAUGCGUGGGUUGUCUUCUGGUCGUUGGCCUGCGAUAGGUGCAUGUGAUCCAAUCAAAAUGCAACGACAAUCUUUUGCUCCACUAAGCGAGGUUAACUGGGACUCUCGCUCAGAAGAGUUUUGGGCGCCGCUUUUCUCCAUAUUCCCCUGA